AAAGGAAAAUCGUAAACAACAAAAAGUUUGUUAAAAUUUCAUCUUCAUUCGUUUUGUAGAUUUAUUCUGCAUCGCAGUGAUUUUUUUGUUGUAUAAUUUGUGAAAGUAAACAGCAAAUGAUGCCAGCAAGACUUCCGAAUAUAAUUGCCGCUGAGAAUCCUCUGCACAUUUCGUGGCACGACUCAAAUUGGAUUCCCAUUUUGAACACACAAAAUGUUAUGGAUUACUUUUCGGAAAAAUCGAAUCCUUUUUACGAGAGAACUUGCAAUAAUGAAGUUGUUCGGAUGCAACGACAAAGCAUGGAUAAUUUGAGUAAUAUGAUUGGCGUUGAAUAUAUUUUGUUACACGUUCAAGAACCGAUUUUAUAUGUGAUCCGAAAGCAACAUCGACAUUCGCCGGAAAGCGUAACGCCUUUAGCUGAUUAUUACAUUAUUGCGGGAAUCGUUUAUCAAGCGCCCAAUUUGGAAAAUGUCUUUAGUUCACGAAUAUUGUCGACUGUGCAGCAUUUGCAAUCGGCAUUUGAAGAAUCAAGUUCGUAUGCGCGUUAUCAUCCGAAUGCGAAAGGGUAUAGUUGGGAUUUUUCAAAGACACCCGGAGAGAAGACAAAACCCAAGGAGAAGAAAGAACAAAAGACAAAAGAAGAAGCAAGCUCCUUGUUUCAGAGACAACGCGUUGAUAUGUUGUUAGUUGAUUUACUCAGACAAUUUCCUCCUCCGGGACAACAUCAACAACAACAGCAAGGCACGAGUACAAGCGAUACAACUGCAAUUAAACAAGAACUCGAAGAGCCACAAGACUCAAAAGACACGAAAGCGGGAACGGAGAAAAGCGAUAUGAAACCUCCGCCGGAGAAAAAGAUGAAAAUGUCCUCAGAAUUUAUGCAAAUUACCUAAAUGUAUUUCUUUUAAUCGUGUUUCGCCCUGACCUAUCACAAAUAUAAAUUAAACAAAAUCUAUCGCGUAGACUGUGCACUUAUCUUUCGAAUAGUAAAUAAUAAACACGAUGAUGCACCUAUAACGAUAGUUGAAACAAAACUGUCUGCGCUCAGUCGAAAUCAAACUUUUGUAAAGUAAUUGAUUUUGUUUUUUUUUCUUUCAUGUGUGUAGUAUCACGUUUAGAAACUCGUGUACAACAAUGGCAGAGAAAGAGAAACAAAAAUAAAAACAAAUUAAACUUUAAGACGUUAAAAUAAAGAAGAAAUAAAUAUAAUUCAAU